CUGAUGGCGGCCAGGCUGCGGGAUGGUUGGGGUCGUUUAGUGCGGCCGGUGCCCAGCUCGGGGAAACCGCAUGCAGACUGGAUGGGCUGCCUCCCACCGGCGCUCUGUGACUUGCCCCUCGCCAAUCUGGCCGUGCCCGGAAGGACGUGGAGGCUUUGGGGAAGAGGUUCACCACGACGCUGCCACGACGCUGCCUGGAUUAGAGGGCAUUUACUAUGAGGAGAGGAUCGCAUGACUCCUUCAGCUUUUGGAUUGAUGAGACAUCCCCUGUUGGUCUGGAUCAGCCAGUUGUGGUUAGGCAUCUGGCUGGAAUCUUCCGCUCUCUCUGGAAGAAAACGAUGAAGAAGUGGUCUGUGACGCAGAGCUUGACUUUCAGAGAGCAGCUGGAAGCCGGCAUCCGCUACUUUGAUCUCCGAGUCUCCACAAAACCAGGAGAAGAGGGCGAGCUUUAUUUCAUCCAUGGGUUGUUUGGCAACAAGGUUUAUGAUGGACUGAUAGAAAUUAACAAUUUUUUGAAAUCUCACAGCAAGGAGGUAAUCUUUCUGGAUUUCAAUCACCAUUACGCAAUGGAGGACUCAAAUCAUGAAUACCUCAUCGAAAUGCUUAAAAAGAUAUUUGGAUCCAGACUCUGCAGGGCCAGUCUGGUUCAGGAAAUAACACUUCAGUAUUUAUGGGAACACAAGUACCAGGUGCUGGUGUUUUAUCACCACCCGAUGGCUUACGACUUCCCCUUCCUCUGGCCUGGACAUCAUAUCCCAGCACCCUGGGCAAAUACCACCGAUGCUCAGAAACUGGUGCAGUUCCUGGAGACGACCCUGAGUGAGCGAGCAAAGCGCGGGACCUUCCACGUCUCACAGGCCAUCUUGACUCCACAAGCCAAAACUGUCAUCCGGGGAUUGAUUGUUGGACUGCGGGACUCUCUGGUUGUGAGAAACCUUCCUGUGAUAAUGAACUGGGUGAAAUGUCAGAAGCCGGGCAUCAAUGGUGUCAAUAUCAUCACCUCAGACUUUGUGGAACUUGUGGAUUUUGCUACAACUGUGAUUAAGCUCAAUUAUCUGCUCCUGCACGACAAGUCGAAACAGGAGCCUGUUUAGCAUCCUCUCUUGUGAUAGUGGCUGUUGAAGUAACAAAGUCAGCCAUCGUCUGGUUUUCAGAUGUAGUGGCAUUAGAGGGUGUGGUAUGUUGGGCCAGUGUGUGCAGAUGUACUUCAGUCUCCAUUGCCCUUGCACUUUGCUUGUGCAAACUCAUCAAACCACAUUAAAUUCCAGACCAUAAGACAGUAGCGACCACACUGUGACAAAUCUGAAAUAAAUUCAAAAGUGAUGGAAAUACCCAGCUGUAAGAGAGUUAGAGAUGAUUAUUUCUGUUUUCUGCAGAGCACAGACUCGUUCAGCAAUGGAAACAGGCCUUUCAGCCCAUCUGGUCGAUGCUGACCCAGAUGCUGAUCUAAGCUAGUCCCAUCUCUCCAUAUUUUCCCUAUAUCCCUCUAAACCUUUCCUGGCCAAGUGUCUUUCAAAUAUUGUCAUUGGAUCUGCUUCACGCACUUCCUCUGGCAGUUCGUUCCAUUUACAGACCACCUUCUGGGUGAGAAAGCUGUCCCUUUAGUUCCUAUUAAAUAUUAUCCCUCUCACCCUUAACCUACGUGUUCUUGAUUCCACAACCCUAGAAGAAAGAAUGUGUGCAUUCACCCUGUCUAUGUUCUUCAUGAUUUACUACACCUCUAUACAGGCAUCCAGUGAAUGAAGUCUGAGCCUGCUCAAACUAACUCUACAACACAGGGCCUUGAGUUCUGGCAAUAACAUUGCCUUGCACACCUUUUCUAUCCUCCUACUAUAGAAUGUGUAACUCCAUUUUUAUGAUGGAAUCCAAUUGUGUAAAUUUGUCACCAAAUUCUCUCUCUACAGGUGUUUCAAUAGUGUUUGUUUUUAUUUCAGAUUUCCAUCAUCUGCAGAUUUUUGUUCUAUUUUCAUGAAUGUUUUUGGAACGUUAAUAAUGUUUUUUAAAUAUUGGUUUAUAUUAGACCUAAGAAAUAAUGUAGGACCAAAAUUAGGCCAUCUGAUCCAUCGAAUUGCUCUAUUUUCUAUGCUUCUAUCAUUUCAUCAUGAAUGAGUAAUUUUGCCUUUCAACCCCAUUCUCCUGCCCUCUCCCCGUAACCUUUGACGUCCUUAACUAAUCAAGAUGCAGGUAAAUUAUCUGGCAACAGGUAAAAAAAAAUCAAAAAAAUGCUAAAAAUCUGAAAUAAAUGCAUCAAAAGCUGGAGAAGACAUUCCAAAUUUAUUCCAAUUUAUCAGAGAAUAUAGAAUAUAGUCAAAAUACCAAUGACUAAGUAGGAGCAAAUCGAAUACCUCAUCUCAGAUAUCUUUAGUUGACACAUUUUCUUCCAAGUUCUGUAUUAAAAUUAAAUGCAAAUCAGAGAUACAGAAGUCCUAUAAAAUAUUUAAAUCAGAACAGCACAGUGACUGAUCAAAGCAAAUUACAUUUGAUAAAAAUGUUGUACAUAUGUUCUCAGGGUCUAGUUUGUUCAGCUGGUGUUCAGCUACACUGGGAUUACGUACAAGGCAACGAGUGAAAAUAAUUAAUAUCUACCUCCAUAGGUGUAUGUAAACUGACCCAUCCCUACAUAGUACAUCAAGAAAGUAACUGUGUCAUACUGUAUAUUGUGCUUGAAGAAGCACGCAGUGUUUGAAUUGUUUUAAGCAUCGUUUUAGCUUUUUCUGGGGAAAUUAGGAUUUCUGUUCCACAUCAGGGGAGUAAAGUGACUGAGCUUUGCCUGUGGUUUCAUUAGGAAGAUUGUUCUCCUGGUAAAGUACUUGGGCCAAGUUUUCUUUUGAUACUGUUUUCAUGAGGAUGAUGAUGGGGUCUUUGGCCUCCACUGUUUUAUUUUGUUGUGAUUUGUCUGGUUUUAUUAUUUAGCAAAACUGAAAAGUAGAAUUUUUUGUUUCUGAGAAACUUCUCGGUGCAGCAACUUUAGUCUCUCAAGUGUGAUUAAAUUAGGAUGGGUAAGAAUAAUCAGUGCAGAUUAGUAGCACAAUCAUUUCUAUGUGGAGUUCAUUAGUCCACUUUCAUUGGGCACUUUUACUCUUCAGUCUUUUCCACCAUUGGAGAGAGAUGGUAAUCCAAAGGCAUUAUCACUGGCCCAUCUUAGAUCACUAAUUUCAAAUCAGAAUGUCAGUACAUAGUCAAUGAACCAAUUAAUUGAUAUCCUUCAUCUUACAACGGAGAGAAGUCAAUUUUGAUCAGCGAUGAAGAACCGACCAUUCUUCUGUUUUAAUUGUUUGUUUCCUAAGUUUUUUUCUGGUGACUGCAACACUUGAAGAAAGAAAUGAUUGUAUCUGAAUGAAAAUUAUCAUUAAGAAAUUUUUCCAAGUAUAGUUUUUCAUGUAUUUUUAUGGACAUGAAAUGGUUGUUCCCAUUCAUAGUGAAAUUUUCUAUAAACUUUUUCUGAUUUUAUAAAUAAAAUUUCAAAAAUUAAAAAUAUUAUUUAA